UGCUGAACUAGUGCAAUAAGUUAGAAUGAGAAAAAAUAUAGUUGUCUCAUUUUAACUUAUUGCACUAGUUCAGUAAUGCAGCUAUAAAGAACAGACUCCAUAUUGCCAAAUAUAAUAAUAAAGUACAAUAAUAAAGAAAAAUGAGUUUUUGUGUCGUGUUUGGGUGCAAAAAUCGCUGUGCAAAAAAGAAUCAUGAACAACUAGGAAAUGAAGUGAAAAAUAAAAAGUUUUCGUUUCACGUUUAUCUCAAAACGUAUCAUACUUUGAGAAGUUUGAGGAGAAAAUUAAUCUGGAAAACCAGCAAACAGCAAAUGAUGAACUUCGAGAAGUACAAUGUGACAUCAAGCAACGUGAAACAUCGAGCAAUAUCAAUACACAACUCAUACAAAAUAUGGAAUCAACAAGGCAGUAACAACAACAAUGGCAAAAUAGAAAGCACAGCAAGUAUGACUACAAAAAUGGACCGUUCUAGUAGCAUCUCUCCUGACUGUGUUUUCAACUCGCCUACGAAGACUCAAUUGCGAGAGUUUCAUGCACAUGAAAUGAAAAUUAUGAAACGAAAGUUAUCCAUCAGCAGUUAUAAGAACAAACAAUUACAAAGUAAAGUCAUUGAAGCAUUUGUUAAAGGAAUUGCGCAGGAAGGAUCUUAUAACAGAAGAGGACAGUGAUCUUUUACAACAUUUAGACGAAGAGUUGAUUUAAACAUCCUGCCAACGAUACCAAUGUUCAUGUUUUUUGGAUCCGAGCCACAUGACCAAGUUAGUUAGAAAUACUCUUGGCCAACACAAGGAACUUCUUGAUAGUGAUGGUAAUAUAAUAAAAUGGAAGUAUUUCUAAGAAUUACAUAAAUUACAAGAAGCAGAGGGGUUGCAUUUAGCGAAUAAGCUUAGAAAUACACAAAUAGAAUUUUAUAAAAACAAAAUGAAAGUAAAGACAGCAACACAAUUAUUUAGUUCGUCUAUCGUAAAUGCUUUUGCAUUUUGUAAAAAUACAUUAACGUUACCUGAGUUCCAAGAUUGUUCUGCAACAAUUCUAUUUACAUCAAUGUUUAAUGGCUUAUUUGAUAUUUUUAAUUCUAAGAAUCCAAAACAACAUGGUUUUAAGAAGCCUAUAAG